AUGGCGGUAGACAGCUCCGACGAGGACCCAAGACAGCGCCAGGACGACCCGCUGCUCGUCCCCAGUGGCGAUGAUGGAGAAGCCGUCCAAAUCACGGGAAUGGGUGGUGUUUCCAUCGGCUUCUCCUUAGACGCGGAUAUGAAGCUGGGAGAGUUGGCCGGAAAGAUCCAGGAAGGAACCGGCUACCAUCCGAAGACCUUCCGCCUCCUCGUGAACGGACAGCUCUGCGAGUCCCAGCCCGCACCCGUGCCUGUCAAGACGCUGAGCUUCGUGCGGCUCCGGAAGGACGAGGAGCAGAAGCAGGCCUUCUUGCAGAAGUUCAGGGGGGACUUGCCGAGUGGCCGAGUCCGCGGUGCCAUGGAGGAGCUCGAAAGUUUCCUUCACCACUUUGACCGCAGGGCGCCAAACGAACGGCAGCGGCAGCGCCUCCUGCGCAGCGUCCAGCGCCACGCAGAUGCAUCCGAGCUGUUCACAUGGCUCGCGGAGGAUGACCUGUUUGUGGAAGACCUCCUCAUCCUGCUCUCUGAGGGCCCGGAGAACCUGCAAAAGCGACUCCUGAAAGUCGUCUUGCUCGUGGCUGAGCCUCAGCUAUCAGUCAUCCCCGGCCUGGCAGAGCGGCUGGCGCGAAGGACGGAGUUGGCGACGUGGCGCUGGCUGGACUCAGAUGCUAGUGAGGCAGCAAAGACCCUCCCGCACCUGGGUGUCAACCGCGGCUUCGUCCUCAACUCGCUGCCAUGUGCCAGCGCAGCCAGUUGCAGAAACAUCGCGAAGCACAUGUCAAAAGAGUUCCUGGCAGAUGAGGAGAUCGUCAAGGCUUUGAUUCAGAAAGACGGCCUCGUGCUAGAGCUCGCAGCCCCUUCUCUGCGGGCAAAGCCGGCCAUAGUUCACCUGGCAAUGGCGAGUCGUGUUGAUGCUGUCCGGUUUGCGUCCGAGGCCGUCCGUGCCGACCGUGAGACGAUGCUGUCGGCCGUGAGUCGCAAUGGCAUGCUGCUGGAGUGCGCCUCUUCAGAACUGAGAGCUGACAUGAUAUUCAUCAAGACAGCCGUGGAACAGAACGUCUUUGCCGUUGGCUUUGCUCUUGGUCACCCUGCCGAGUUGGGGCAGCUUGCCGCAACACAGGUCAUGAAGCGCCUGGGCGUGACGACUGAGAACCUGGGCCAUGAGCUGGUGAAUCAUGCUGAAGACGUCUGCAGGUGGCUCGGCGCACGUUGCUAUCCACCCGAAUCCGUCCUCCAAGCUCUCCGCGCAUUUCUCCACGACCUGGAUCAGGGCGAUCAGGGCAAGGUUCCUGAUCAAACCCACGUCAUGGCCGCCAAAACUCUCUGGAAGCGGUUUGCCCUGGAGGGGGUGAAGCACCUGCCCUUCCUCUUCUAUAGGCAGCUGCCGACGGAAGAGAAGCGCGAUGUCGAAAUUGCGGUGAAAGCCGUGCAACAUGAUGCUCAGCUCUUCCCUUACCACCUACCAGGGCAACUCCGUCAACACUUUGAGGUCAUGGUGACAGCGCUCUCUACGACCCAGCCCGGGAGCAGCCACCGUGAGUACUUUAAGUACCUCGUGCCCAACACCGACAAGAUGAGGGUCUUCCGUGCUGUGGGUGAGUUGCCCUGA